AUGACAGUGCUAAGCAAUUGUUUUGUAACAGUUCAUUCUUAUCAGGAAGUUAUGUAUAAUUUUAUCUGUCUUAGUAAGUUUGAAAUUCUAUUGGAUAAUCACAGAGUCCAGUUACUGCCUUUCAGAACAAAGAGAGACGUAAGUGUAUUUUCAUGCAUACAGAUACCCAAUUCGAGGAAUAGCAUGCACAAUAGAUUAGGGCCAGAGAAAAUACACAGUUGUAUAGAGUCUGCACUGCUUAAUCUGUUUUUGUGCUUUGCAUUUGAUGUGCGCACGGGGGUAUAUGAUAUAAGCCAUAUUGAAAAUGCCAAUUCAGAUCUUAUGGCAUUUUUUAAAGUGUACACCACACCCAAGAAAGUAAAUGAAAAAGAAGAUGUGGAGGAUGCGAGUGGAUCAGUAAAUUAUAGUACAAGCGAGGAUUAUACAGACUCACACGUAUCAUCUAUGAGUGAAGAUGGGGAUUUAGAAUAUAUAGGGCCUUCUGCAUUUAACAAUGUCAGACUCUUUAAUUACAACCAGCCGAGUGAAAAUGGUUUGCAACUUGUACCAGAACUGCCUUCAAAUAGUAAUUUACUAUCAUCAAACACAGAUGAUCAUUUAUGGCAAGAAAUAGGCAAUAAUGAUAACAAUAAUAGGAAUGCAAAUCCAGAACGUAAUAGAACAGCAGAGAUUCCUAAUGAUUUUAUGCGCGAAAACUUCAGUGAAGAUAUAAGGCAGUCGAUACUUGAAGACGAUUUAGAAAGCGAUUCAGAGAAGGCUGCGACAAAUGCCUUCAACCACUGGGUAAAAAUAGUCUCGAAUAUAGAUGACGCAGGGAUUUGGUAUAAAAAAGAAGGAAAAUACGGAAUUUCACUAGGGAUCUUAAAUAUGCUUCGUGUCAUUAUACACCUAACAAAGAGUGGCAAUAAAGAAUUAAAAGAAAUAGCUAUGUUCGUAGAAUGCCUAAAGUCCCCGCCUAUAUUACAAAAUCUGUACGAUUUACUUGAAAAGUACAUAGAAAGGAUAUUUAUACCUCUUUUUAACUGCAGUCACCAAAAGUACAGCAAGAAUAAAAUUCCACUAAAAAAAGUAAAUAUUUCAGUAAAACUGAGUAAUAUAGAAAACCAAUUUUCAAGCAUUCCAAGCAUUGAAAUUUAUGGGGAUCUCACAAUAACUUACACAUACGAUGAUAUUUCAGCAAGUAUAACCAUAUCAUGCAGAGAUGGCCAUGCUAUAACUUCAUAUAAAAGCCAAAAAUCCGGAUUGUGCAAAGUUAAAUACAAUGAUGCAAAGACUAUGCAAAAGGACUAUAUUAACAAAAACACAUUUGCUGGAUAUACGCUGUGGGAGUACAUAAAUCAAGAAAUAGAGUAUGAACAUGCACCAAAAGCAGCAUGUUCUAGUAAUAAUAACUAA